CUCAUAUAUAAUACCGCAAAAACCGAAGUGGCAAAAUCGAGCAUCUUUCUCUGUCAAUCUAAUUACGCCUUAAUAGGAGUAAAAGAAAAAGAUGCCCACAAUUUGCGUACUCCGAUGUUUGCGGUAGGCCCCCAGAUGAGUGGAGAUGUCACAGAUAAGAAAGAAAAUAGAUGACUACUUAUAUUCAAAGCCGGUCACACUGAAAACGUCACUUUCAUCUGUCAAUCAAUAGUUGAACUGAAAGUCCCUGAGUCCGUAAUGUUAUGUUUUAGUUUUUAUUAUUCUGCUUUUAUUCAGUUUGCCGUUAGUUCGCUAAUGUGGACCCGUAUAUUUCACGCUUGUAUUGUAUCAUAUCCGUGACUAUCUUCACAAUAAUAGUAUUGUGAUAAUCUGAUCUUCGGGAUGGAGAUGGUAUGGGUGAAGGAGGAGCCCCCGUGGGAGGUUCCGGCGGAGCCCGAGGGCUCCUCGGGACACGCAAAGCUUCCAGCCCAACAUGAUGAUGUUGCAGCGGCUCCACCAUCAGAGUGCGAGAUAAUGCAGGUCAAGCAGGAGCCUGUAUGGGAAGAUGGCACCAGCGAACUCAGCGAGACUGAGGGUGGAGUGCAGCCACAUGACGAGGUGGUUAAGGAAUACGUUCCAGUCAAGGUUGAAGUGGAGUGCGUGAAGCUGGAGCCCGCGGGGGACGGGGAGGGCGGGAGCGGGACAGCAAGCGAGUGCGAGAGUGAGACCGCGCAGAAGAAACAAACGCCGCAAGAAUCUGGACAGCCACAACCGUCCAAUCACGUCAAAGUAAGCCGCGGGCCCAACUCGUGCGAGAUCUGCGGCAAGGAGUUCAAGCAAUCCUACAACAUCAAGGCUCACAUGAGAAUACACAGCGGUGACAAACCCUACGCCUGCGACAUGUGCGACAAACGCUUCAUGACGCCCCGUGACCUGAAGACACACGAACGAACGCACACUGGGGAAAAACCCUACAUGUGUAGGAUCUGUAAAAAAGUGUUCUCACAAUUGGGCAAUUUAAAGACACACGAGCGGACACACUCGGGUGAUAAACCACACUCCUGUAAAAUAUGCAACAAAGAAUUCGCGGAAACGAGCAGUUUAAAGAAACACGAGCGUAUUCACACUGGUGAAAAACCGUAUUCGUGCGAAAUAUGUAGAAAAGAGUUCCGGUUAUCGAGUAUGUUAAAUAAACAUAAAAGAGUUCACAUGGAAGAAAAACCAUACGCAUGUGGAUUUUGCAGCAAGCAAUUUGUGCUACAGGGAGAUCUACAAAUACAUGUACGUAUACACACGGGUGAGAGACCCUAUGUGUGCGGAAUAUGCGAAAAGGAGUUCACACGACCGAACACUUUAAAGCGACAUGAACGAAUUCACACCGGAGAAAAACUAUACUGCUGCGAAGUUUGUAAGAAAGAGUUCACUAAUUCCAGUGAUUUUAAAAAGCAUCAGCGAAUACAUACUGGUGAAAAGCCCUACUCAUGUGAAAUCUGUAAAAAAGAGUUUACGGGAUCAAGCAGUUAUUACAGGCAUCAACUAGUUCACACAGGGGAGAAGCCAUAUUCGUGCGACAUUUGCCAUAAGGAGUUCAGGCAAUCGAGCAGCCUGAGGGAUCAUUUACGAAUCCAUACUGGUGAAAGGCCUUACGUGUGUACAAUAUGUGAUAAAGACUUUAGGGAAUCGUGCGGUUUAAGAAGGCAUGAACGGACUCACAUGAGGUAACACUGUUGGAGUGUGAGUAAAUGCGGUUUGAACGCCGCAUCGUUGCCAACAUAGCCUGUCUAACCUAACCUAACUAUCUGUUUACGAUUGUGAGUCUUAAUAUUUGAUUUAAAAAAUUGAAUAAAAGAUA